CACUGUUUUGAUUUUUAUUCAGCGAGUCGUCAACUAAACCAGAAAGAAUUAAAAAAACUAAAAUCUUCAAAAAAUGUAGGUGGCUGAAACCCCUCUGUGGUGUAAUAAAGUGAAUUUGUGAUGAAUACCGUAAUUUUACUUAAUAAAUACCCUGAAAAUUAUACGUAAAUACAUCAUUGGAUUACAAUGUUCAGCAAGAAAAAUUUGGUUGAUGUUAAGAAGUCCACUGCCAAGAUCCAAGACCCCAAAAAGGAUUUGGCCAAUCGUAUCAAGCAUUUAAAGUUAAUUUUGGACAAUGUUGAUACUGCUGAAGCUAAGGGGCUCUUUGAGGCCAAUUUCAGUCAUAUCUACAAUAUUUUGUAUGAAAGCUUUUUGCAAAUGGAAUCAAAUCUUCGCCAAAGAGAGCUGUCUUUUCACUUAGCACCACAGCUCCGUCUGAGCAGAAUAAUGCUUUGCUCUCAGAACUGGUGUUGCUGGCAGGUUCUUGGACAGCAUCUUGUACAAUUGCAAGUACACAAAGCUCAUAAGGAAGAACUGGACUGUACCCUAUGGAUAUUAGAGCAAGUCAUAUGUCUCCUACCGGAAUUAAUACACCGCAGGUGGCAAUUGCACUCCUUAGGCCGCAUGUUGACCAAACUGCUACAUACCGGCAACUCUAUGAGACUGAGAAGACAAGGCAUCAAAUAUUUCCUGAUGUGGUACCAGGCUCUAAAUGAAAACGCUCCUGAUUACGUUCAUAAGUUAUUUGCGUCCUUAGUGCCUGGAUUUAAUAAUCAAGGGGACGUGGUGACGUCCCAGGGGAGCGCCAGUGUGUUCCACGAUCCCCAGAAUCCGGUUUCAGCGCCGGAAAUGUUGCCGAUUUUACCACCGUCUAGUGGGGAAAAGCUCCCGGAUCAUCCCAGCAGGUUUUAUCUAGAGGCUCUGCUGGACCACAUGGUGCAUACAGUGGUGAAACUGGAAUGGCAAGACAAGUCCUCACACCAUCACCGUUGCUUUAGUUUCUUAUUUGAACAAUUCAAAAUUUAUUACCUACCAAAGAUUUGCUCCAGUUUUAAUUACGAUACGUCCCUGUAUCGUCCCAAUUUAGAGCUGCCCUUGUUAAGAAAAAUGGAAAACGAAACGGAAUUCGUGUUUUGCCGUGUCUCUCUGAUUAUGUGGGUCACCAAUUAUAUUCACCAAGGGAAAAGGGAUCAUCAUCAUCAUCAGCAGCAGCAGCUGCCUAAUCAACGACAUGGCGAUCCUCCAGGUCAUGGAAAUGUCCAGGGAAGUGUUAGUAUGCCUGGGAAUGAAGAUGAUAUAGAGUCUGCCCACCAUAGUCUUGAUUCUACAAUUUCCAACCAAACCAACAAAACCGCUACCGACGAAGAGGUGGCGCACCAAAUAGUGCGAGAUGUACUUUGCUCAACCAGAGAAAACGUGGAUUUUAUCCACGAAAUUUAUCGUCAGGCGUUCCUUUUAAACUUUAGUCAUGUAGUGGCCAUCCGGAAAAUAAUUCUGGUUUAUAAGGACAUUAUUCAGGGCAACGUCACGGAAUUACCGCUAUUCGCCUUGGAACCCCCUGACGAAAUCUCCCGCCAUGAAAUGGCUGAUAACGGAAGAGCUGGGAGGUUAAGGAAUGAUUCUUACUUGGGGGCUAUACAUAAGGAAAAUGUGCUUGUUAGAGCUGGAAUACAGAAUUUGUAUCAACUGUUCAUGACCCAUGCGGCAAACGUGUUUUUAUUGGAAGUGAACCCGCAUAUUCCGAGACUAUUGGAAGAACAAACUGAUGCCUGUAAACGGAUUUUAAAUAUUUACAGAUAUAUGGUGAUGAACGUGCGGAUGGACAGCAAUACAUGGGAGCAAUUGCUACUCGUUCUGCUCCAAAUAACUUCGCUGGUGCUUGGCGAGACGCCCCCAAAAAAGAAAGCGCUGACCCUGGGCGGGAAAUUGGCUCCAGCCAUUUUCCAAACUUUAAUAGUGACCUGGAUCAAGGCGAACCUGAACGUUUCCAUAUCCAGAGAGCUUUGGGAUAGAUUCUUAGAUGUGCUUACGUCACUUACCAAUUGGGAGGAACUGAUCAAGGAAUGGGCGAAAACAAUGGAAACCUUAACUCGAGUACUGGCAAGACACGUCUACAAUUUAGACCUGAUGAACCUCCCGCUGGACCGACUAAACGAUCAUAAAAACAAACGAACGCGAAGACUAACUGUCCGCACGGACACCGCGUCCUCUUCCGUUUCCGGUGGGAAUCCGAGCGACGGAUUGCACCAAUCGGCUUCCAGGCAAGACUCCUCGUUGCCUGACGGGAAUAUUUUUACGUCGAAGAGGCUUAAGUCCGGUUUGUCGAGGAGCUAUAGCGAGGCGAGCUUGAAUAUUAAAAUGAGAUCGGCGGCCAGGAGAAGUUAUAAUAACAAGCAUAGGAGGUCGAAAUCUUUAGAGCUGCUACCUCCAGCCGAUACCGAGUCCACGGAUCGUACGAGAUCACCGUCCCCGGCGCCCUCUAGCGGAAUCGAGAGCAGUUCCAUUAAAGAUUCUCCAAUACAGUUGGACGUGCUGGUGGAAAACCAUAAUGGCGAACAAUCCGAUGAGCAAAGAGGAGUAGUAUGCGGCGGUACGGUUAGAGGCUGGAUUCCAGACGUGGCAGUAAUACUAUGGAAACGCAUGUUGGGAGCCCUGGGGGAUAUUAACCAAAUAUCCGAUCCCAAGUUACAUUGUCAAGUUUUCGAAUAUCUUAUCAAACUGACGGACACUCUUAUAAGAAUCAAGAAUAAUCAGGGGGUGUCCUUGGAUAAUCUGAGCACUCCGCAGGCUCCAGAAUUGAUCCCCCCGGUGACUUUGGUGCUGCCUUGGUGUUUCGGGGCCCUCACUUUACCUGAUAGCUACGAGUCCGGAAAGCUGAACGCUCUCAGGCUGCUUAUUUCGAUUAUGUUGAACUGUGAUCCGAAGUAUAGGACCUGUUUGUCGCAGUUUUAUGCCGCGAUACAUUCAGCCCUAACCGGACCGUCCAGAGCAACCAAACACACCGCGAUAAAGUACCUUGGACCGCGUUUCCUGUCACUCCAGCUGCCCGGAUCCACUCUCCUGCUCCUUGACAUCGUUCAGGCGUGUAACGACGUCCUCCACACCACUCCGGAGAAAGUGGAUUCCGCCCCUAGGACCGAAGCCGUUUCAAUUUUGGCCAAUCUGCUGAGCCUCCCGGACGAUCUUAGAACCAUAUCGGUGUUUCAGCCGGAACAAAAUAUCGGGAUUAUGUCCAAUUGUCAGGAUAUAAAGGAGCAAGUUGUGAGUAUUUUACUGAGAGCCGGUAAGAGGGAGCCGUCGGGAAAAGCAAGAUGUAUCGCACUUUCUCGAUUAGGCAUGUUCGUCUAUAAGGAGUUGAGUAAUCAGACUUUUCAUCCGAAGAUCGUGGAGGCUGUUACCGUCCUACUUAUGGCUUUAAAGUUUAGCAAUAAAAUGAUCGCUCAGCUGGCCAGCGAUAUUUUGUUCUUGCUUUGCAGUCAUGCAGCGGUUUUAUGGACGAGAUACCCCAGGUUAGGAAACGCUGUGAUAAGUGAACUGUGCGCUGCGCUACUUGUUCAUGCACCUUUAGGUGCAACAGCUUCAGAAAGUGACAGAGCCUUGUGCACCUCCUUACUUCUCUGUUUAGGCGAAUGGUGUAUGAAAUUAGGAACUGAACGGUUAUUGCAGCCUAACGAGUACGGAGAGCAUCGCAGUAGCUGCUUAUUAUUGCAAGUCUUUUCGGUUCUACAUAAAAUAAUCACUGGCUCACCUCACCAAUCAACCCAAAAGACCAUGAUGCACCCGGAGGACUUCGAUCCCACCAUAGUCGCGGACGACCCACCCCACCAUGCCAGAAUCUCAGAGGGGAGCAUUCCGUCAUCAUUCAUCUCAAAUAAAACCCAAUCAAAGAGCACCCAUUACCAAAGAGCGGUGGCCUUGUGCGCCGAAACUGUGUUAGCCCAUCUGGUGAACCAUUUGGGGCAUUUCCCAUUGGCCAUCGGGGCCGCCCGACUUAGCUCUCUGGUCUCGGAACACGACGACAUCCCCUGUUUGUCCUCGGACGAUCUGUCUAACGUCAUAUUUUCGGUGCCUAACAUACAGCUGUUUAUUUUGAGCAAAAACGUGAUUGCGAGCCUAAUAGAGUUGCCGACUCUCGUGUCGCCGGGAGGGGGCGCCACUGCAGGCUUAGUCACUGCCGACAAACAAGUUCGCGUUCUUUUACGGGAUAUUUCUGGGAAGUCUAGCUGGGACGCCUCGAUCUUAUACCGGACUCCAGAGAGCGUUGAAGAGGAGGCUAAAACUGACCUAAUCGUAGACUAUGACCUAUCAGAUACAGGCAGUUGCAUGGAACCGGAAAGUCUUAUGCCCGAAGGCCUAAUACCUCAAAAUCUACCACAAAGAGCAAUGAGGCAUAGACCUCCCAACGUUUUACCCGACGUAUCCAAUGCUGCCCCCGAUCUGGACCAACUGGAUGACCUUUUACAAUACUUGGGACACACGAGCCCUGAAUGCCUCGAAUGCCCCAAUAUUAAGUUGAACGAACCCGGGGCGCCCCCGUUGUAUUUGGAGCUCGAACAGGAGGUGAUCGCAUCGGUCAUCAGUCAGAAAAAUGUGGAAAUCGAAGAGUCGAGGAUCACGCAGCAUUCGUGUUUCAUGAUGGGGAAACCGGUGAGGAGACCCAUGAGGAGGCAACGCCGCAGGAGGAGCAGUAUUAGUUCGAUCGACUCCACACUCAAUACAGAUUCGUUCGGGAACCUCGAACAAAACGCAUUCCAGCAAUGCCGCCUCCUCUUCUCCCAACUGGGAUUAUCUGGCUGGGAUCGCAGAAAACAGGUGCAUCUUUUGGAAAAGAAUGAUCGGCUUCUGAGAGAGUUAAGGAAUCUGGACAAUCAAAGCUGCCGAGAAACCCAUAAGUUCGCUGUGAUAUACGUCGCACCGGGCCAAGAAGACAAAAACUCCAUUCUAUCAAACCAAAGCGGCAGCGCGGCCUACGAACAGUUUUUAGCUUCUCUAGCGUGGGAAAUCGAGCUGGAGUACCACACCGGAUUCUUGGGCGGUCUACAGAAACAAGGCUCCACCGGAUUGACGGCCCCGUAUGUCGCCAGCAGUUUCAUGGAAGCGAUUUUUCAUGUUGCGACCCGAAUGCCGGGCGAAAGCCCUGAAGCGGUGUUAAAUAAAACAAGACAUUUGGGAAACGACGAAGUGCACAUCGUAUGGUCCGAACACAACCGCGACUACCGUAGAGACAUUAUUCCCACUGAAUUCUGUGAUAUUUUAAUAGUGAUUUACCCAUUAGGGAAUAAUUUGAACCGGGUUACUGUCGACUGUAAGGCUGAUGUGCCGUAUUUUGGUGUACUGUUUAAUGAGGCAAUCGUGGAGAGCAACAUACUGGCCGGAUUGGUGAGGGCGACCGCUAUAUGCGCCAGCAGAGCUAAAAGAAUGACUUAUCAGUAUUAUCAGCAAUAUUACGAAGAACGCGCCAGAUCAUUGGAAACCGUCGUGUCCAAACACAAGAGCAGCGCCACUUUUGAGGAGUUCAUAUCGAAAGUGUACAGUCCGGUACCGAGUCCAAGUCCCUUUUGUCCUUCAGGAGCGUCCAGUCUCACCUGCACGGAUUCUGUCUCUUGCGCCAACAAUUCCUCGACUUUAGCAGCGGCUUUGAUUGAUUCUGCUCACGGGCAUUCUCAUAAAAGCGGCCAGAGGGUGGAUCAGAAGUUUAGAGCGUCAGCAAAUGAGCCAUCGCGAACCAUAUCGUGGUUAAACCCAUCGGAAACUUCGAGUGGCGAGUCGAGCAUAUCGCCGCGGGCAUUAAAGAAAUUGGGAAACUUGAAAAACGCGAGGAAAUCACUGAAACAGGAACAAGCCGAGUCGCCCCCCGAGAGUCCCGUGCAAAUGACCAAACGGAAAUGAUGCGUAAGUGAAAUUAUCGAAUUUUUGUCCCUUAAUUGAGCCAAAGGUAAAGAACCAUCGUCGCAUGUUCAACUUAUAGUUAAGAAAACACUUUUGCGAAUGUAUAAAAGAAUUAUCGUUAUUAUUGAUAUAAGUUUAAAAGGUUGUGCACAUAGAAGUUGCAUUUGUAAUAAUAAUACUAAUAAUAUAACGCUUAACGGAAUACGUGUAUAGAUUAUUUUUAAGUAAUCAGAAAAUCUUGAAUAUUUUUGUUGUUCGUUUAGGUAGUAUAAGCGUUAAUAAUAUAUUUAAGUCUAACAGAGACUAAAAUUUCCAUACAUUCAAGCUUAAGAAGUAUGUUAAACGGCCUCAGUUGUAAGGUUGAUAAUAUUAAGGUGUUUAAGUCAAAAAUGGCUGUUUAUGGAUUUUAAACCCAGAAAAAGUCGUUUAAAUUACAUAUGGAGGCAAAUGAAACUUCCAAAUCGCUACAAUGCAUUCUUUUUGCCCUAUUGUGUGAUCAUCAGGGCGUUACCUUUCUUUUAAGUUUCCUUUGCCUUCUACAUCCAACUUUAAUCGUUAAAAAGAAACUGUUUAUUAGUCUUUGCUAUAAAAAAUAAGUUUGGUUGUUAAAUUUCUUAUACCAGGUGUCUGGAAAAAGUCAUUUUAAAAUAUAUUUUUAUACAUAACCCCUUAUGUCGAUUAUAAUCUAUUUCCUUGGAUCUUGUAUACUGAACUGUUAAGGUAUUAGCUUAAACUUUUUUUUAGGUUCUAGUUUGUAAUAAUUUAAACUAAUAAUUUUCCCUCCACUGACUGUUUAUUAUUUACUUGUUAUAAAUACAUAUUUUUCUUAUAAUUACGUUUGUUUAAAAAAAUGUUAUUGUUUAUUUAUUAGCUAUUUAUUUUAUAAUACAUUACAUAUAUUCAUAUUAACUACUGUGCAUUUAUUAUUAGACUAAAUUUUCACACUUUUUUAACUUGAAUAAGUGUUUUUCUUUUUUGAAGUAAUUUAUUUGUUUUUUUUUUUAAUCUAAUCGUUCGAUAACAAUAAAAAAAUCAGUAUUUAAACUGUAAGCAACCAAAUACACCAUAAAUGUGACAAUUUUAUGAAAUGAGACUGCGAAAACUUAGAAGAGUGAUAAAAACAGGUUAACUUGGGAUUACCGAGAUUUAUGUUUAUACAGCCAGAUUAUAUUGUAAAAGGUGUAUUUGCUUACAAUAGUAUUAAUCUCGGAUUUGUUAAAUUAAUUAUAAAUGUUAAGUACAAUCAUAAGAGUGAACAGUACUUAUUUAGAAAGCUUUAUUACAUAGGAAAUAAACACUUUUCACCAAAAAAAA